AUGGGCGGACUGAUAAUCUUCUUCUUGAUUUGCAUCAUCUGGUUUCCCCUGCUCUUCAUCUCAUUGGUCAGAUCAGUGGUGGGCGUGGUUAACCACCCCAUCGACGUCACCGUCACGGUCAAACUGGGAGGAUACGAGCCCCUGUUCACCAUGAGUGUGCAGCAGCAGUCCAUCCAGCCCUUCACUGAGGCGGCGUAUGAGCAACUGACCAAAGACUUCGGGAACAACGCUGUUGCCAUGCAGUUCAUCACUCUCUACAGCUACGACGACAUCGUGACGGCCAUGAUUGAGGGCAGCUCAGGGUCCGUGUGGAGGAUCAGUCCUCCCAGCAGACAGGAGCUCAUCAAGGAGCUACUUGAAAGUCCGGUGGACCUCACGCUACGCCUGGCCUGGACUUUCCAGAGGGACCUGGGCAAAGGUGGGACGGUGGAACACACCUUUGACAAGCAUUCCAUCGACCUGGAGCCUGGAAACCCGGUCAGAGCAGACCUGGCGUCCCUACUGGUCGGCAAUCGCACCCAGCCUGUGUUCGUUCCCAACAUGUUCCCAAACUACAUCCGUGCCCCCAACGGAGCCGAGGCCAAACCAGUGUCUCAGCUCUACAAAGAGUAG